AGAAGAGGAGAAGAAAACGUAAAUCAGAAAAUUAGUCAUCGGAGAGCGCUUAAUUCAUUUGGUAUGCGAAAUCUGUUCGUGAUCGCCGCGUUGUGGUACUUCUCCACUACCACUUUCCACGGAGGAGAAACAACAUAUUAGGAAUUCUAAAGGCUAUCAAAUGAUAGCUUAUAAGAAGCAAAGACGAAAGGUUGACCCAGUCAAGCAAAUUUUGGCUCGACUUGACGAAAAGCAAAGGAAGUCAGGAUUGUCUUUAUACUCAAGAAAUGACAUCCAUAAAUCAGCAAAAGAGGAAGCUCUGCCAAUGGUACAUCCAUUUAAUGAAGCAAACUCUGCAUCAAGCAAAAGCUCUCCAUUUUUCCAAGACCUGUCAGCUGCUCGUCGAAAGGCUCACAGAAGGUUAAAUGUAGGGUUGCAGCAUGCUAUUGAUGACAGUGAGCACAAGACAGCACUGUACAUGCAGGCCAAGGCCGACAAACGGCUAAACCUGACCUUUCCUCCUGUCAAGUCACAAGGGACGAAUGCUGCCGUAAAUCAAGACAGACUGGGUUAUUCAUUUAGUGGCUGGUCUGAUAGCCCUUCAGCAGGAGUGGAGAAUCUUCGUCACAAUCAUAACAUGAGCAUGAAUCCCUUUGGAUACAACAGACGAACCUUAGCAUUCCAACCAACUUCUCUAAACUAUGUUGUGGAGUGGCCUGAGACCUGGCCACUGAAGAUCAUGAGUCUUGGCAAAGGAACUGCAGUGCCCCAUAAGAAGAAAACAAAAACCAAGAGUCUUGGCAAAGGAAAUACAGUGCCCCAUAAGAAGAAAACCAAGACCAGACCCAAAGUAAAUCGCAAAGUACAUUUUGAGAAAUCUCCAGCUCCUCCUACAUCACCUCUUGGAGAAUCCAGAAAUAUAAAAAAACAAGCACCUACUGAAGCUGUAGCAUAUGACCAGUCUAAACAGGUUUUACGUCAAAUGAAAAAUCCUGCAGCAACAGGAACAGCCCUCCCACACUCACCCAUCAUUGAAGAACCCAUGGAUAAAAGAGAAGUCGAGGAAUCCCCUUUGACGGGGCAAGCUUUAGAAGGAAAUGCUAGCAGUAACAUACUUGACAUUGAAGAAAGACGCAGUUCAGAAAUUCCAGUUGAGUACUCUGAGACAAGCUCCUUAUCAGAAAGUACUUAUGUGGACUCCUUUCAGGACAAGCUGAAGGUGAGUGGGUUUGUUUCUUUGCCUGGUUAAGUUUGUCAUUCAGCAGAUGCUUGAAGUGGCUUACUGCAGUUAUGUGAUGUUUAAUACGGUGAGUUUUGUCCGUCUAAGGUCGUGCUCUUUUGGGAUCAACUGCUUCUGGCUGGUUGGAUUGGUUGGGAUUGAGGAAAAAUCCUUUUUGGAUACUUUGGUUGAUCAACUCUUUCAACCGGCCUCAAACCAGGUUGCAAAAACAUUUGCGUGAUUAUAGCUCGCGUAAGGACUUUUCCCAGGAGUUACCUCAUUUUGACCAAAAACGAUUAGAAAAGUGUUCUAUUGGGAACGUCAACCGUAUCAACCCAAGCCGGUUGCGGUUUUCAACCAUAUCACAGUCCUUGAACCAACAGCUUUUUUGUCCAGUUAAAACUGAGCCCAUGAUGUUGUUGAGUAUAUGACUUGACAACUUUCUAAAGCACUUGUGCUGUUCUCUGAUAAGACAAUCGGAGAGUUCUAAUCGUUUUAAGUUAUCGGCACUUGUUUUCCUAUCUGUUCUAAUACGGCCAGAUUAUUGUUUUUGUGGCCCUUUGGCGACCGGAUUAAUGGGGUUCCACUGUAUCCUUGCCGGUGUUUCUCUCGAAAAAGUUUGAAAACA